GUAGAAAAUAAAGAUAAUAGACGGUAUAUUUUCUUUUUUCUUUUUCUUUUUCCUAUGUCCUCUACUCUUUCUCGUCUUGAGACAGUAAAAGAACACUUGAAGGUAUAAAUGCAAAGUGUUUUUAUGGUAUCUAAUAAAGGUGGGUCAAUAAUAGCCUAGUAUGUCGACUACCCAUAAGAGCCCUAUCACUUGUCACGUCCUUAUUGCAUCUCUUGGUACACCUGGUCAAGGAAUUGAUGUUAAAAUUGAAAAAUUAGAUCAUCAAGGAUUCAAUACACUUUCUAUCGCCCAAACAAACAAUGAUGGACGAUGCCCCAACUUGUUACCAAAUGGUUACAAGGUAGAAAAAGGCAUUUAUAGAGUUACCUUUGAGACGCAAGCCUAUUUUCAAAAAUUAGGACAAGCUUGCUUCUAUCCCUAUGUUCAGAUUGUGUUUGAAAUCGAUCAACCUGAGCAACAUUAUCAUAUUCCACUAUUAAUUAGUCCUUAUUCUUAUACAACUUACCGUGGAUCAUAAAAAUAUAGCAACUAUAUUUUCUACUUGUAUAUUAUUCAUCUGUGUGACUUGAAAUAAAUAUAACUGAAAGGUCAAUGAUCUAUUCUACAGUUUAGUGCCUUCAUUUGUCCUCUUGGUUGAAAUGCAUCAUUGGCUCUCAUUUCAUCUUUUUUAAAAGCAUAAUGCGAUGCUGUAGUUAAUAAUAAUUCUUUUGGGGAAUGUAUGGUAGGAAAAAAAAAAGUU